AACUACUGUUGUCUAUUAUCGUUUGACCACUUCCUGACAGCCCUGUAAUUUUGUAGAAAGAAAUAAAAAUCGCCGAAAAAUGGCGAAAAGGAUUGCACAGAGCUCCGUAAACUGGGCCGCCCUCGCUGAAAGGGUCCCGGCCGAACAGAAGGUCCACCUUGCGGCUUUCAAAAUUAAGUCCGACACUUAUCUCCGAAGGGUUUUGGCUAACCCACCUGAGCCGCCGAAGAUCAACUGGGCCCAGUACAAGAAUGCCGUGCCCAUCCCCGGUAUGGUUGACACCUUCCAGAAGCAGUACGAAGCUCUGAAGGUGCCGUACCCUGCUGACACACAGACCGCUCAGGUCGAGGCACAAUGGGCUGAGGUCAAGAAGUCCAUCGAAGCCUUCAUCCAGGAAUCAAACGCUAACAUUGCUGGCUACCAGAAACAGAUCAGCGAGAUCAAGGCCCUGCUGCCAUACGACCAGAUGACCAUGGAAGACUACCGCGAUGCCUACCCAGAGGAAGCUCUCGACCCCAUCAACAAGCCUACCUUCUGGCCCCACACCCCCGAUGAGCAGCUCGGCUAUGUCGACCCUGACAAGCCAGCACAUUCCGGACAUUAAUGUAAUCAGCGCCUUCACUCAGCUUCAGAAUAUAGUCAGCAUAUAUCAGUGCCGAAUGAUAGUUGACCGUUGUGAAGUAUUGUCAAGGUUCUUAGGAAGUUGCAAUCAUCUUGUUCUAUUUAUGUAGGAAUAAAUGAAAUCUUUAACUACAA